CCAAAGACAUCGACCUCAUCGCUCUGCGCCUUCUCUUUGUCUUCUCUCCUUCCGAUCACCGAAAGGAAAAGGACGGCAGCGAGGGAUCCGUCGGGGAAUAUACACAGGGAGAGUGCAGCGCUUCUUUGGUCUCGAAAAAGAUUUCGAGCGCCAAAUGCUGUCUCGCUCGCUCUCGGCCGUUUCCUGAUCGUUUUAGUCCUUCGAACCCGUCGAUUUUAGGGGCGGAAGAGGAAUUUGGCCCUCGAGAUCCAUCCCGCUUUUGGGUGCCCCUCUUUAGUUGCGGGUAGAAGGGUAUGGAAGAGGGGAUCUUUCCGCCGAUCGCAUCUGUCAUUGGUCCGGGCCUCCUUAAAAUGGUAGAAUCUUGAGUUCUUUCUUGAUCUGCUAUUGUUAUCGGGUCUUUGCAACGGAGAAAGGGCUGACUUCAUGUGGGAGAAGAUAUAUCUUUGUUCUCGAUCUGGAACAUCUUCAGGUGACAGUAAAAAAAGUGCUUUAACAAAGGAAGGAUUUUGGAGUGAGGAACAGCAGGUGGCGGCAAUGAGAUCCCUUUUUUGCUGAAGUUUUACCUUGGACGGUACAUAGCUAGGGCCUUCAAUUUGUGUUUUUCUCCUGUUUUUCCUUUUGCAUGCAUGCAUGCCUCGAAGCAUGAUUAAGCAGUUUUUGAGUCGGCUUCCCCGCAAGCAGUCAAAGUCAGGCGAUAAACGGGAUUCACUUGCUGGAGUGAGUCCGCCAUCAUCGACUUCUUCAACCAGUUCAAGAGAUGGGGACUUGCCAAGCAGCAGAGUCACAAUUCUCCCUCCUGGUUUGGAUCCUGGGUUAGACCACCCAGCCAAUCAAAUCCCUGCUGUUAUGUCAGAGCCAAAUGGCGGUUCAGUCGUUCUGGCCUAUGAAGCAUUGCCGAGCUUCAAAGAUGUCCCAAGCUCCGAGAGGCAGAGCUUAUUCAUAAAAAAAUUGAACUUGUGUUGUGCUGUGUUUGACUUCACGGAUGCAACAAAGAACUUGAAAGAGAAGGACAUCAAACGGCAGACUCUGCAAGAUCUUGUUGACUAUGUGGCCUCAUCCAAUGCAAAGUUUUCGGAGAGUGUUAUGCAAGAAAUCAUAAAGAUGAUAUCCAUAAACUUGUUUAGGACUUUCACUUCCCCGCCUCGUGAGUACAAAGUUUUGCAAUCCCUUGAUUUGGAGGAAGACGAACCUGUAAUGGACCCUGCAUGGCCACACUUGCAUCUUGUUUAUGACUUGUUUUUAAGAUUCCUUCAAUCUCCUGAGACGGAUGCUAAGCUGGCAAAAAGAUAUAUUGAUCAUUCCUUUGUUCUUAAGCUGCUCGAUCUCUUUGACUCAGAAGAUGUUAGAGAGAGGGAAUACUUAAAGACAAUUCUUCACCGUAUCUAUGGAAAAUUUAUGGUUCACCGGCCAUUCAUAAGGAAAUCUAUUAAUAACAUUUUUUACCAGUUUAUCUUUGAAACUGAGAAACACAAUGGCAUUGCAGAGCUGCUGGAGGUGCUUGGAAGUAUCAUUAAUGGUUUUGCAUUACCUUUAAAAGAAGAGCAUAAAUUAUUUCUUGUCCGAGCGUUAAUCCCACUUCAUAAACCAAAAUGCAUGGGCAUGUACCAUCAGCAGUUAUCAUACUGCAUCACUCAAUUUAUUGAAAAAGAUUGCAAGCUUGCAGAUACCGUCAUACGGGGCUUGCUGAAAUUUUGGCCAAUUACAAAUAGUUCAAAGGAAGUUAUGUUUUUGGGAGAAUUAGAAGAGAUAUUGGAUGCAACUCAGCCUGCAGAGUUCCAGCGAUGUAUGAUACCACUAUUCCAUCAGAUAGCCCGCUGCUUGAAUAGUUCUCAUUUUCAGGUGGCUGAGAGGGCAUUGUUCCUAUGGAAUAAUGAUCAUAUCGAAAACUUGAUCAAACAAAAUGUCAAGGUCCUAUUACCCAUAAUCUUUCCUGCUCUCGAAAGAAAUGCAAAAAGCCACUGGAAUCAAGCUGUCCAGAGCUUGACGUUAAAUGUGAGCAAGUUUUUCUCUGAUAAUGAUCCUGAGCUUUUUGCCAAGUGCUUGAAGAAGUAUGAGGAAGAUGAAGUUAAAGGCAAAGAGAUCCAAUCAAAACGAGAAGUGACAUGGAAACGCCUUGAAGAAAUCGCCGCUACAAAAGCUGCGAGCAAUGAACCUGUGCUUAUUCCACACAUCAUACGCAGUCCAGUUUAAAGCUACAUGUGUGGUAGCUCAACCUUUUUGUUAUAUUAUGAGGUUAUUGACGUUGAUAUGGGUAACAUGAAUGCAUAUAGAUUACACCCAAUGUAAUGCAUCUGGAUUGUCUGCAUGUCAGGUUCUUUUGAGUAUUUAGGAAAAUUGUACAGGUUUAAGAGGUUUUCUAAGAAUCUUAAAGAACUACUAUAUCCAUGUGUAAAAUAUGAUAAUAUGGGAGUUCAUAGGUUAGUGUUCUACAAACACAGUGCAAAGUAGGAGCAAAUGUUUCAUUAAGUUGAUGCUUGACAUGAUAAA